ACUAAUACCAACCAGGUGGGAUGCUCUUUUCUUUGGCACAUUCGAGGACGUUGACGUACUUGAAUUACCAACCAGAUUUGCGAACAGAAAAUUCGCCACGUUUCGUCGCCGUGAUCGUGCAGAGUGCAUGACCGAAACUGCCCAGCAAAAACUACAAACACAGUUCCUACAGGCCGCAGAUGUCAUUGAGUGGUGUUUGCAUUCUGGACGUACCGAAAUAGACUCGGGCAUACCACACGCAACUGGCGGCGGUGCUUAUGGCACUACUUCCGAGCCUGUCUUGCUACAGCCAAAGAUCAGAAUACAUAUUACGUAUGAGCUUUUCGAACCGUUGAUGACCAUGCAGUUGAACAAGGCAGAGAGAGCAUUGGAUACUUUCAGGGCCGCAAGCACAAUUGUACACGAAUUGGCUCAUGCAAUAUGGCUUAUACGGAGACCAAAGCUCGCAACAAAAUACAGGACUGAGCCAUUUUUCGAACUUGAAAGGACCGCUGAGCUAGGAUUUUCAGCGGAGAACGUGAUGUUUGGUGGUUGUGUUUCCGACCUAAUGGGUGCAUCACAGCAUAUUUUAGGGAGAGAUUGCAUGCCAGCAGCAGCUAUACGCUCAAGGUCUUCUUGGGACACUGUCUGGUAUUGCGAGUAUUCGAAAGGGUCUCCUAAUUUGAUACCGCCUCAUCCGAGCUACUACUCACGCGAAGACUGGCCGAUACCCGUCGAGUGGUUCUUCAAAAUCCAAGAUCAAGGAUUCUGGGAUGUUUGGGCCAAAAAAUUUGGACCAAAAGCCAUUCACAUGGGACCGAAAGUAGUAGGGUAUCGGCGAAGCGUUCCUAAUACAACUGUCACCAAGCCCGAUCUGAACGACAAAACUCUGAAAGUGGGCCGCAGCAAGCAUUGGGCGGCACCCGAGGGACCCUAUUUACCAUGGGACGCAGCAAAGACUCCAGAAAAUAUAGCUAUCAUGAACGAAGAGAAUGCAAGGCGACGAAAAACCGAUAGCCUCCAGGACGCUUUGGAACGUCGGGUUCAAGACGUGAGAAAUGCGGUAGUUGGCACUGGUCCAGCGUGGCCGCCCCCAGCGAUUCUUCCUCGCAUCAUACCCGUAAUUCCAGAGCCACCUAGAUAUCUUGAAAUCAAGAACCAUCUGCUCAAUUGUUGGUACGAGCUGGCAAUCGACACCAUGGAUUUCAACAUGCCUGAACAUACAAUGUUUAACUACAUCCUUGCAGAAGGUGGACUUCAAAUCACAUUUAGCGAAUGGCGAGAAUUCCUCGAAUAUUCGCAACAAACGAACGUGCUAUUCAUGUAUACUCGCAUAGGUGCUUCGACUGGAGUUUUGAGGAAAAUUGAUCGUGGCUGGCCCCCAGUUGCAGUUCGUACAAGGCCACGGCCGAACUUUUUCACACGUCCAAGUGCGAGAUCAAUGAGGAUGUUCAGGAGGCUUUGUUUAGACGUGAUUGACAAAUGGGCCUGUUUCGAAGAUGGCUUCAAAGACCACGACUGGAAUGACUUCUAUCAAAGACUCAACAUACGCUAUAGUUACGAAAACGAUCGCAUGCUUCUUAAGGAUGCCUUUAGAAGACCAAUCAGAAAGAUUAAUAGAAGAAUGUUCGACGCCUUGGUGUACCAGUCUUACAGGACUAAUUUCAUGAUUACCUAUGGCCCACGGAAUUGUCUACGGCUGAUGACCCCGCCGUCGAAUGCGAGGGAGAGGCUCAGGCCGCAGGGCGAUCCGUGUCCGACAAUGUGAGGGUUGUUGGUUGAGUGAGAGGGAUGGGACAUUGUUUUGGUAAUUGAAAUUGAGAUUUGUUUGAAGAAUUGUGGUUAGUGAUUAUGUUGUGAUGUGAACAUAGGAAGUGAAGACAUG